AUGCAUGCAUAUAUCAUAGUGCAGGCUUCCAUCGGGUGGCUUUGUGCAACGUUUUCCAUGUUUAUGGUGGUUGCUUUGGCCUAUACGUUACAAGACCCCCUCGACUACUCACCUGCCACAGCCAUUUACCAAGCUACUCACCGGACGGUGUGGGCUAUUGCUGUAGGGUGGAUAAUUUUUGCGUGCGAGGAAGGCUAUGGAGGUUUCAUCAAUUGGAUGCUUUCAUGGGGCUUCUGGUCGGUGGUUGCCAAAAUCAGCUAUGCCUGCUACUUGGUCCACCCAAUGUUGAUUUUGUUGUAUAAUGGACUUCAAGAAACGUCCAUGCACUACUCGGACAUGAAUAUGUUCUAUCUGUUCCUUGGACACUGCCUGAUGACUUUCAUGGUUGGGCUGGCAUUGACGGUGAUGGUUGAGAUGCCUCUGCAAGCGUUAAGGCGGGCUGUGGCUUGCGUGUGCCGACAAGUGGUUCAGCUGUGA